AUGUCCUAUGCAAAACAGUGGCAGGUAACAGGAGCAACAGCAACAGCAACAAAUUUCAGUCAAAUAUUAGCAUCAGAAGCACGUCUUAGUCGUCUUCAUCGUUUAUUUAAAACACAUUUUAAUGUUACUGAACCAUCACUUGUACUUGAACCUUAUCUAUUUCUUGGCAAUUGCAUUUCAGCACACGAUACGCAUCGCCUAUCAAAUUUAGGUAUUCGUUAUAUUCUUAAUGUAGCUAUACGUGAUGUUGAAUUAUGUCCAUAUUAUUCAAAUGAUAUACGUACACUUACAAUUGAUCUUCGUGAUGAUGAUAGAGAAAAUAUUAUACGAACUUUUGAUCAUGCAUUCGCAUUUAUUGAUGAAGCACGACGAAAUAAAUCUCGCGUACUUGUUCAUUGUAGUCAUGGACAAAGUCGAUCACCAGCUAUUGUUAUUGCUUAUCUCAUGCGUACAUACAACGUUCCACUUGAACAAUGUCUUAACCAUGUUAUUAAAGCUCGUCCAUGUGUUUUACCUAAUGAUGGUUUUUUAAAACAAUUAAUUCUUUAUGAUCGUUUUCUUGUUGAUAGACGUCGACAACGACAAGAAGCAGCUAUAAUGAAAGUUGUCAAUACUGUAUCACCAACUGAAAUUCCAAUUCAACAUAAACCAUCUGUUACACCAAAACCUACACAACCAAAACUUCCUAUAAUAUUACCUCCAGCAGAAGAUUCUGCUAAUGAGACUUCUAAUAAUACGCAGUUAUCAUCUGUUGAUUCAUCAAGUUUAGGACAAACAUCAACAUCAAGUAUUCAAACAUCAGCAUCAAGUGUUCAAUCAUCAACAAGUGCUGAGUCAGUACAUAUCAUUCCAAUUCAAGUUCAAUCAAAAGUAUCUCAUCCGGAAAAGGUUAAACCAGUUCUAAUUGAAACACCACCGGCUCGAGAUGAACCUACUGAACAAGAAAUAAAAGAUGAUGUUAAAAAUUUUUUUAAAAAAGUUGCUGUCACAAAUUUAGCAAUGGCAUCUGGCAAAACAGGUCGUGACAUAAUGGUAAUUAAUCAUGCAGUACCAUAUAAAAAACGACCAGGUGCUUUCAUUACAAAUAUUGUUAAGCAAACUAAUUCGUCAUCAUCACGAUCUCGUUCAGCUCAUUCAGAUCGUAUACAAAUGAAUCAUCAAAAUUAUUCUUCACCAUCAAAUACAGCUGAACAAUGGGAAAUCAUUCCUUAUUAUUAUAAAAAUAAUCGUAAAUUACAAGAACAAAAACAAACAAAAUACAUUACAGAAAUUUAUGAUAAAGCAACAAAGCGUUUUAUUCCAAUAACAUGUUGA